AUGAGUCGUUAAUCUGCUUAUUUUCUUGUUUAAGGUUUUGAUGACUCCUAAGAAACAGUGGAAGAUGAAAAGAAAAAAAAAGUAUAUAUCUUAUAAAAAAUUAAUGGUUUUACAAUAAUGGAUUCUAUACCCGGCCAUUGCAGGAUGCUUCGUUGGCAUAGGUCAUUUUGCUGCGUUUUACCUAUCGAGAGAGUUUUUGAAUCAAGUUUGGUUUAGAAAUAAUUUGAAAUACUUAAUGAUUGA